AUGGAGAAAUAUAGCACUUCCUGCCGGCUAAUUCUCUGCUGUAACAGUUCUUCGAAGGUUACUGAAGCUAUUCGUUCCCGUUGUCUGAAUGUUCGAAUAAAUGCUCCUGCACAGGAACAGAUAGUUAGGGUCUUGGACUUUAUUGGGAAGAAAGAAGGGCUGGAAGUUCCACCUGGAUUUACUGCUCGUAUUGCUGAAAAAUCAAAUCGAAGUUUAAGGAGAGCCAUACUCUCAUUCGAGACUUGUCGGGUUCAACAGUACCCUUUCAAAAAUUAUCAAGAAAUCUCUCCAUUGGAGUGGGAAGAGUAUGUUUCCACCUUAUCCUCCGACAUAAUGAAGGAGCAGAGUCCUAAAAGAUUGUUUGAGGUUCGAGGAAAGUUGUAUGAGCUACUAGUCAACUGUAUUCCUCCUGAGAUUUUGUUGAAGAGACUUCUAUAUGAGUUACUGAAGAAACUGGAUGAUGAUUUGAUGCAUGAGGUCUGUCAUUGGGCUGCAUAUUAUGUAAGUUCAUAGAAUGCGAUUGGGUCAGAAAGCCAUAUUUCACCUUGAAGGUAAUUUCAGAUCAUACAUUCUAGACUCUACUAUACUUAUAAUACGCGGAAGGGGAAAACAGCUUCCCCAUUUCAAAUUUGCUGCCUCCGGAGCGUUUCUCGGAUGGUUAUUUUCGGAUACGGGAAAUAUACAUCGGCUCAUAUUGGGACGGUGAACGGGCCUGGCGAUUUUUUUGUGGUGAGUCGGAGCAGCGCUGUCCCCGGUCAGUGUCUUCACCGCCGAAAUCAGUAAGCGCGCUCUCUCCGUCCAGCUUCUUCACCGCCGAAAUCAGAACCCAAGGAAUUGGUGAUGCAGUCCCACAACCGUCACUCCCGCAGCGAUUGUCCUUCCUUCCUCACAAGAAUAGGAUCUCGCCAUCUUGACUUCUCUCUCCCACAUCUCCAGUUGGAUCCAUUUAUUUGGUGUUGUUCUCCCUCUCAACUCGAGAACUUCGCUAUAUCCAUCUUCCUUCCGUUCGAUCAAUAACCUGCUAGAGCAACAGCCAAUCCGUCAGCGCCGGCCUGUAUGUUUCUAUUCGACUGGUUCUAUGGAAUUCUGGCAUCUCAUGGGUUCUUCCAUCUUCCUUCCUUCACAUGUUGAAAGACGAGGCGGAGAUAACACCGACGAGGUGCAGAAGUCGGAUUCAGCAAAAAACAAUUAAGACUAGGGAAAUAACUUCAAUGGCAAUGGCGGUACUAGGCAACAGAGUACCUGGAAAAGUGGUGUGCUGACACCAACACUCUGUAGAUUGCAGCAAGGAAAAAUAGAUUUGCAGAGCUCAAGGACAAUUAUGGGGCACUAGAGCUUGCCCUGGAAAUCAAGACGAGUUCGAAUCAGAAAAUGUUGCCAGCUGCAUGUUCUAUUUGCUCUAUAGACUAUAUACUCAAGGAUCCUUACAGAAAUAUUGAUGAUGGUUCUUUCCUCAGAAUUCCGUUCCGGGUUCUUCCAUCAGAAGUCCUUCAAUACAUCCCUCUUUACUACUUUUUUCUUUGAGGUAAUAGUUGUUUCUGUAACCCUAUUAUAAUGCCUUUGACAAGUCCUUCAAUACAUCCCUCUUUACUACUUUUUUCUUUGAGGUAAUAGUUGUUUCUGUAACCCUAUUAUAAUGCCUUUGACAGCCCACAGAACAUCAAUGCCUCCAACAUUUAGAAUUUGUGUGAUAUAAUGAUCCAUGUAUUUGUGGUGGCUUCACAGGUUCCCAUAGAUACUUUUUCAGUAGUAUGUUGCUCCCCAAGACCCCAACUGAAGUGGUUUCAUACAAAUAAUCUGGUGCAAUGCACUUUUAUUUAUGUACAAACACAACAAUGUGUUAUCCUAAAGAACUCAGAAAGUUUCCUGUAUGUGCUAACCACUUUACAUUUGUGGUAUGUUCCUUUUAUGUUCUCCACUCACUAUUUAGAUUGAACUGAGUUUUCUCUAGAAAAGCAGUGCUAAUGUUUGUGUACACUAGACCUU